AUGAUUCCUCAUCAUUUAAUAAGAAGCAUCUCCGAGAAGUCUUUGUCGUUUAAGAUGGUCUUAACAGUGCCGUGGGGAUGCUCAUGGCAAGUCAAAAUCUCCAAGAACCCAUUUUUUCACUACAUGGAAGAUCGUGGAUGGAACCAGUUUGUGAAUGACAAUGGUUUGGGUGAAAAUGAGUAUCUUACCUUCACUCAUGAGGCAAAUAUGUGCUUCAGUGUAAACAUCUACGAGUCAAAUGGUAAGGAGAUGCUUAGACCAAGACAAUCUUCUACCAUUACUUCUAGUUCCGGUCGGAACAAGAGAGAAGAGAGGAAGAGCAUCUUCAUAGAUGUGAAGAAAGAAGUAGAGACAGAGUCUUGUUCUGAAUCAGGCCAUCCUGUUCUCAAAACGGCUGAAUCUACAAGUGGGAGAUCGAAGCAGAAACAGGAGCUUAACUUGAGAAAAAGGGAAACCAAGGAAACCACCAAAUCCAAGAAGCGUAAGAACAGGAAGGUGGAUACUGUUUCUAAUGAUUCUGAAGCCGGCACCUCAUCUCGUGUUCCAGAAUUCAAGAUCACCAUCAAGAAAUCACACCUCCUGUUCUUGGGGAUCCCGAAGAAGUUUGCGGACAUGCAUAUGCCAAAUGAGACAAAGGUGUUCAAGAUUCAUCAUCCGAGGGGAAAGAAGUCAUGGGAGGUUACGUAUUUUGUCACUGAUGUGCAGUCAAGAUUCUCUGCUGGAUGGAGUCGUUUCGCCAAAGAAUUAGGCUUAGAGGUCGGAGAUGUUUGCACGUUCAAGCUCAUCGAACCAACCGAGAUGUGUGUCAAAGUCUCCAAAGAAUAGACUCCCUGAUGAUUGAUGAUGUGUGAGGUGUAGUUGGAGACUGAGUGAAGAACUUGUGUUUAGAGCAACAUUAUGGUCUGUGGUUCAAUGUUAGGAUU